CAGGAGAUGUACUUAUAUAAUGGCGUCUCAAAAAUUGCUUACUAUACAUCAUAUGUGCCGAAAUGAAGUGCAUCGUAGCGCUGAUGAUUUUAUGUGCUUUAGUAAAGGCAAGGUCAAGCAAUUCUCAUUUAGAAUGGAGAAUUACCGGAGGUGAAGAGACAGAGAAUCAUCAGUACCCAUUUCAAGCGCUCAUCUACUAUACAAGUACCAAUGGAAGUUUACGGUUCUGUGGAGGUGUUCUUAUAUCAGAAAGAUUUGUUCUUACAGCAGCACAUUGUGUCGAUACGGCCGUUAACGCCACUGUAUAUUUGGGCGUUCACUCGAUCGCUGGUAUCUCUCGAAAGCAAAAGUUUGCUUCCAGCACCUUCAUCAAGCAUCCACAGUGGAGUAGAAAGACUCUUCAAAAUAAUUUAGCUAUCAUCAAAUUGCCGCAGGCUGCAGUGUACGGUGAAAAGGUUUUCAAGGCUAGAUUACAAUGCACCAAUGAAAACUUAGUUGGCAAGAAUGCCACAGUAGUAGGUUGGGGAAUGGAAUCAAAAAAUGUUUCGAUGGCACUGGCAUUGAGACAUGUCGAAUUGGAGAUAGUGGAUAACCGAAAGUGCUCAGACGCUUACCGCAUUCCGAUUUUGGACACCCAACUUUGCCAGAGCACACCGAACGGAAAAUCAUCAUGCGAUGGUGAUGCUGGAGGCGCUGUGGUAAUGAAUGACGGAUGGGGCGAUGUGCUUAUCGGUAUUAUUUCAUUUGGUUGCAAAGUGGGUAUGCCCAUUGUGCAUACCAACAUUUAUCCAUACAGAGAUUGGAUAGCUGCGGUUACGGCGGCUAAAUAACACUCUUCACUAUCAAUUAGAGUUUAAGUUAACCUGUAAAAUUAA